AUGCGUAACAGCAGCGCGCUUCUGUCUCCAGUCCUGCCCCUCACCAGCUUCUGCAGCGUGUUGCUUUUGGUGUUCAGCAUCACGCUGGCAUCUACCAUCGUUUUCCUCAACGCAUCCGUGUGUCUGUCCAUUCUGUUGAACAAAGCGCUGCGAAACGAGAACCGCUUCAUGUACAUGCUGAGCACGUGCGUCAGUGACCUCUGCACCGGCGUGUCUUAUUAUUACGUGGGCACCUUGGACGUGAGCGAAGACCUCAGCUCUCCCACUAGAACCUACUUCAUCGUGCCCACGUUCCUCGGCCUGUCCCUCAUGGCCGUGCUGGCCGCUCAGGCUGACCGGUACCACGCGGUGGCGUCACCCUUUAAAUACUCCCGGCGCAUGACCCUGCGCAGAACCCUGCUGGUCAUCCUCAGCUACUGGCUCUACGCCUUCUUCGUCGUGGCUGUCUUCAACGUGGUCGGGGUGGGAGUGGCGCGAAGGAUGAUGAGCGUGGGCACGUUCGCGGCGAACAUAUUGACAGUGAUCAUUAUGAUCGGGCUGAACAUCAGACUGUUCGUCAUCGCCAGGUUCCAGCUGAGGAGGCAGCGGCCGGCUGAGGCGACGGAGCGCAGCCGCUCCUCCGUGCACCUCAUCCUCGUGGUCGCUGCCUUUUUCUUAGCCACGUGGCUGCCUCUGUUUGGUUACGUUAUGGUGUGUAAUUUUUUUUAUUUGCACUGUUACAAAUUUAAGAAUGAAGGCAGUGACCCGUUUCGUAUUCUGCCCCGAAUCAACGCCGCGCUCACCCCUCUCCUGUACGCCCGCGGGUGCGCCCCCCUCAGGGUGACGCUGUUCACCACAGUGUGGAGGCUGUGCUGCAGACACAGGGUGAAUCCAGAAGACAGAAGAUCUGGACCUGUCAAAGUCUCCGCAUCUUGAACUUUAUUAUC